AUGAAGUUUGAUGUGAAAAAGAGAUAUGUGAAAAAAGCGAUGAAACUGACCAACACGGCGAAUGCGAUCGAUGGCACUUCACGCUUCGAGAGUAUUCCAAGCGAAAAGGUUCACUUUUCGUUCGCCUGGGGUACACAUCUCAGUGACGAGCAGUUUGAGUGGGUGUUCCAGCUGUUUGUUGACAAUAUGCGUUCGAUGUAUCAGAUCUCGCGCUGGGGCUACGAUGAGCACAGCAAAAGGCAGGAACUCCGGGCCACCACUUCUAGGUUUAUCAUUGCAAAAAAUGCCGAUGGCAAGCCAGUUGCAUACAUGCAUUAUCGUUUCGACACGGACUAUGAUUCGGCAGUGCUUUACUGUUACGAGAUCCAAGUUGAAAGCGAAUAUCAGGCAAAAGGCAUUGGGACGGCUCUUCUGUCAAUUGCUGAAUGCCUCGCGAAGCGAAUGUCAAUGGACAAAAUUAUGGCGACAGUUUUUGCAUUCAAUGGCAAUUCACUUGCAUUUUUUCACAAAAAUGGUUUCACAACGGAUCCAAGUUGUCCGGAGGCGAGCAGCGAGGUUGAUUACCUGAUUCUGUCAAAAUGUUUAUACAGUCGAAGAUCUCAGGAGUGUUGA